GCGAAAGGAGUUCACCCGAUUCAAGAAGAGCUGAGAUGCCAGUAUCCAAGUAAGCGCUGCGAGAACCCCCGCGGCGUCAAGCGGAAUGGCGAGCUCCACAACUUCUGCGAGUUCCACCGCACCAAGGCCAACUUCAACCAGCGUCGACUCGAACACAAGCGCAAAUACCAACAAGAACCUCCU